CCCGUGUUCGCUUCGAACCCUUUCCAUUUCUGCCAUGCCGUCCUUCAAGGCUUUUGCCGAUUUUCAAAAGAAGGCAAAAGAAGCAGCAGCAUCCAAGUCUGCAGAGUCGCAGGAUGGCGUGAAAGAGACGGGGCGAGAGGCUCCGGUACAGCCUCCUGUCACACCCAAGGAGUUGCAGAUAGGGAUGACCGUACGCGUGAAAGGUUUGCAGGCACGACCGGAGCUCAAUGGACUCGAGGGCGUGUUGACGUUUCGUGAGGAGGAGAAGGGUCGCUGGAAGGUGGAAUUGAAGAAUGGUGGUGGCGCCAAGCUGUUCAAGGACGCCAAUCUAGAGCCCUACAUCUCCGACAAGGAUGCACUGAACAUUCUGAGGGCCGAGGUGAAGGAAGACUGCAGGCCGCCUGUGCGAGCAGAGGCUCCGAGUCCAGUGCCAUCGCCGGUAUCCACACCAGUGGAGACAAAGGUAGAAGCUGAGCGUCCCAAGUCCUUUCUGGAAAGAUCUCGAGCAGCCGAAGGGGGCGCCCAAGUGUCCGCGGCUGCAGUGGCUGCGGCGGCGGCGGUGGCGAAGGGUACUCGAGCUGCAGGUGACGACGAUCAGAGCGAAGUCUCUACGGCCUUGGAGGAUGACGAGGCUUUCGUCAGAUCCAUUGAGCAGUGCCUGAAGGAGUGUGACGUCAUGUGGGAUGACUACUAGUGACGGUCACGUCGACCUCAGUGCUGCGGAGAGAAA